AUGGCAAGGAAUAAAAAAUAUGAUCUCCUGAACUGCCAGCUUGCACUUUGCAAUACUUUACUAGAUCUUAGAACAUUGCAGAGUAAAAAAAAAAGAAAACAUAAAUUUUGGAUUCGCUUCUUGUUUAAAAACCGUUAUGAAAAAGGAGCAUUUAACACACUUAUUCCUGAGCUACGACUUCAUGACAGAGAAUUUUUUUAUCGUUUUUACAGAAUGUCACCUGAAAGGUAUGAACACUUGUUGUCCAUGGUUGCCCCUAGCAUUACAAAAAAGCCAUGUCGAAGUCGUCAAACAUUAUCACCCUCAGAACGAUUGACUGUGACACUGAGAUACCUGGCUACUGGAGAUUCACAACUAACACAAGCUUUUUAUUUUAGACUGGGCAGAACAACAGUAUGCAACAUAAAUGAAACAACAAAGGCUAUUUGGGAUGUGUUAAAACCAUGUUAUUUAAAGGCACCAAGUAUAUUAAAUGAGUGGGAAGAAUUGGAAAACCAAUUUGAAAAUGAAUGGAACUUUCCUAAUUGUAUUAGAGCCAUUGAUGGUAGCUAUGGCAGAGAUAACGAUGCUUCAAUAUUCAAUGAAAGUAAAAUGGGUAAAGUUUUCAAAAACAACUUAUUUAAACUACCUAAAAACCGAAUGCUAUCAAAUGGCACACAAGUACCACCAGUUCUGCUUGGUGAUGAUAUUUUUGCACUGAAAUCAUGGUUAAUGAAGCCUUUUUCUGGUAAAAAUUUGACAAUCAAAGAACAUAUUUUUAACUAUCGAUUAUCUAGGACUAGACGAACAAUUAAAACACAUUUGGAAUUAUGGAUCAAUGAUGGCAUUAACUAUGUACCAUCUGGAUUUAUUGAUUUUGAAACAAAUUCUGGUAAAGUUAUACCUGGAGACUGGUGCAAAAUAACAGUUGAAGGUAAUGCUUUACAUAUUUUACCUCGAUGUAUAAGCAAUCGAUACACAACAGAUGCGAACACUGUAAGAUUAACGCUAACAGAGUAUUUUAAUCAUCUAAGUGGAUCCUUGUCGUGGCAACAUGACUAUGUAACUAGUUGUGGACACGAUCUUGCAGGAAAUAGAAUAUUUUUCGAACAAUGA